AUGGUGCAGACACUUACUACAGAUGCCGUCAUCAACACCUCUGGAGAGACAAGUUCCGCUGAGGUUAAUGCUUCACCAGUUGGUUCUACGGCGCCUUCAACUUAUGUCUUUACAACACCAGCUGCCGUCGUUACUACAGCAGCUGCCACCGUUACUACACCUGUCGCGGCCACUCCACCAGUCGCCACCGUUACUACACCAGCUGCCACUGUUACUACCCCAACUGCCACCGUUACCACACCAGCUGCCGCCGUUACCACACCAGCUGCCGCCGUUACUACACCAGCUGCCACCAUUACUACACCAGCUGCCACCGUUACUACACCAGCUGCCACCGUUACUACACCAGCUGCCACCGUUACUACACCAGCUGCCACCAUUACUACACCAGCUACCGCCGUUACUGCACCAGCUGCCGGCCAUUAA